AUGGAGUCUCCUUCUGACAAUGAAGAUCGCCUGUCUCAAGAAAGAGCCAAGAUACAAGAGAUAAGGGAACAAGAGGAACCUGCCGCAAGAGAGCAACAAUUAGAAAGUGAAAGAGCUCGAGUAACAUGGAGGAGAGAACAAGAGGACCGUGCUGAGAGAGCAGAGAUUAGCAGAGAACAAGAGGACCCUGCUGAGAGAGAGCAGAGAUUAGCAGGUAAUAGAGCUCGAGUUACUUUGAGGAGAGAACAAGAGGACCCUGCUGAGAGAGAGCAGAGAUUAGCAGGUAAUAGAGCUCGAGUUACUUUGAGGAGAGAACAAGAGGACCCUGCUGAGAGAGAGCAGAGAUUAGCAGGUGACAGAGCUCGAGUUACUUUGAGGAGAGAACAAGAGGACCCUGCUGAGAGGGAGCAGAGAUUAGCAGGUGAUAGAGCUCAAGUUACUUUGAAGAGAGAACAAGAGGACACUGCUGAGAGAGAGCAGAGACUAGCAGGUGAUAGAGCUUGA